UAAACUUCCGGUUGCGCAUGUGCAUCGUACGUAUUUGAUUCAGGGAUCAUGAGCUCAAAAAAAGUGCUUGCCAUUCAAGCACGAAAGAAACGAUCGAAAGCUAAACCUAGAUUUAAAAAUGAGAAAUCAGACAAUAAAAGCAAAGGCAGUCAAAAUCAGAAUGCCAGAGACGAACCCGCGAAGAGGCCCGAAUCUUACUAUGAAGAAGAAGAAGACGACGAAGAGGAUGAAAUUUUAGGUUCCGAUGAUGACGAGCAAGAGGAUCGAAAAGACUAUUGCGUGGGAGGUUACCAUCCGGUGAAAUUAGGCGACCUCUUUCAGCAAAGAUAUCAUGUAGUCCGUAAACUUGGAUGGGGGCAUUUUAGCACAGUAUGGUUAUGCUGGGAUCUGACAAGCCGACGCUUUGUUGCUUUAAAGGUUGUAAAAUCGGCUCAACAUUAUACAGAGACAGCAAUGGAUGAGAUAAAAUUAUUAAAAUGCGUUCGAGAUACCGAUCCCAGUGACCCUUAUAGAGAUCGAACAGUUCAACUGUUAGACGACUUCAAAGUAUCUGGCGUUAAUGGGACUCAUGUUUGCAUGGUGUUUGAAGUCCUAGGACAUAAUCUUUUAAAACUAAUUGUUAAAAGUCAGUAUCGAGGAAUUCCCCUACCAAAUGUUAAGAAAAUUAUUGGACAAGUUUUGCAGUCGCUUCAUUAUUUACACGAAAAGUGUAGAAUUAUCCAUACUGAUAUAAAGCCAGAAAACGUCUUGAUUUGUGUUGAUGAAAAUUACGUACGACAACUAGCUCAAACCGCCGCACAAUGGCAAAAAAGUGGAAUAAAAGCACCCGGUUCGGCUAUUUCUACAGCUUUAGCUGCAGCACCUCAUGCUGUCGAUAUACCAACUGCAGCUAAUCAAAAACUCUCAAAGAAUAAGAAAAAGAAAAUGAAGAAAAAAUUGAAAAAACAAAAAUUGCUGUUACAAAAGCAGGAGGAACAAUUAGAAGAGUUGGAUAAGGAAAGAACGGAUUCUGUUGACAGUUCGACAUGUCGUGAACAGGAAUUGCAAACUGCUACUUCACCUCUUUCACCUCUAUCCCCUCCGUCCGAAUCAAACGAUCAUGUAACGAAUAUAAUCGUUGAUCCGGACAAAGAAGAUAAGACUUUAGAAGAAUUCGUCUCCAUAGUACCCAUCGAGCCUGGUUCUCCUAUAUCUGUAGUGCAGGUUGAACCUCCUGAACCUGAACCUGAACCUGAACCUGAAGCUGAAGAAGAACCAGUGCCAGAGGCUGAAGCACCUCCACGAGUUCCUGAAAGACCUAAGUCUAUUGACUUGCAAGAAAAUGGUCAACAUCUAUGUAACGGAAGCAACAAUAUAACAUCGGAGGAAAACGAUAAAAAUGCAGAAAAAUCUGAAAGGGCCUCUAGUGAAAUUAGCGGGCCAAAAAUUACUGAAGCUUGGCAUGAGGUGUGCGAUAUAGACGUUAAAAUAGCCGAUCUCGGAAAUGCUUGCUGGACUUAUCAUCAUUUUACCGACGAUAUUCAAACGAGACAAUAUCGAAGUUUAGAGGUUCUCCUUGGCUCCGGAUACGAUGCCGCAGCUGACAUUUGGUCAACAGCUUGUAUGGCAUUCGAAUUAGCUACAGGUGAUUAUUUGUUUGAACCUCACACUGGCGAUUCAUACACUAGAGAUGAGGAUCAUAUUGCUCACAUUAUCGAACUACUAGGACCGAUACCUAAACACAUUGCUCUCAGUGGACGUUAUUCACGAGAGUACUUCAAUAAAAAAGGCGAUUUGCGACAUAUAAGUCAACUAAAACCUUGGCCCUUAUUUGAAGUAUUAACAGAAAAGUACGAAUGGGAUCCACAAGAUGCUGUUAAUUUUACUAGCUUUUUAUUACCUAUGCUGCACUUUGACCCUAGCCAAAGGGCUACAGCUGAGCAGUGUUUACAACAUCCUUGGUUAAACGAAAAUGCUGAAAAGGAUAAUGCCCCUAUUUACGUCAAUGAAGGGCUGGAAGAUUCACGGGGCGACUUGAAUUCUGCGGAUUAUGUGGAAAUAAUCUAG